AUUAUUAUUACUGAAUAUAUUUAGAUAUGGAAGGACCUUCGAGAAUUUUCGCACAUAAAUCCUCUCCUAUUACUAAUAAUAUGGAAGAAAGUACGGAAUAUCCGAUAAGUAACGAAUCAAAACACCCAGAGGGUAAACAUUCGACGAUAGGCACGAGAAAAAGGAAAAAAAGUAAAUCGGAUCUCUUCAAUUAUGCUCGAGGCAUUGAACAUUAUAGUCACUUCUGGGAUCCUGAAAGAAGUCGAGAAAAGUUCCAAAGGAAGCGGAAUUUUCGUUCCAAUAAUAGAGAAGAUAUUUGGAAUUUUACCAAGAGAGGACGAUUCGAAAAAAGAAGAAUGCAUUCGGGUAAAUCAGAGCUUUCCGGUCACACGAAUGUCAAGAGAUCGAAAGAUAACAAGGAGCAGAUCCUAGGAGAAUUAAAAGAGAUAUUCAAAGACGAAAACGAAGAUAAAAAAGACAUUAAAAAAAGGGAGGAUAAGGAUUCUGGAAACGAUAUAUCGGAAACAAAAUUAGAUAACAGUAGCGAUACUCAGGGACAAGAAAAAGUAAUAGAAAACCGAGAAGAUUCCGUCAGUUCUAUUAUUGAAAAAAAUGUCAAAGCGGAUAAAGAAGCUGGAGAUAAAUUCAAUCAGUGGUUAAGAGACGAGUACUUCAAAACAAUGGCCAUGACCAUGGCAAGUACAAAGAAGAAAAGGAGUGGGUGGGCUCCUAUUGUAGCUGGCGAUUUCGAUGAUUUUUCCACACCUGGAGUACCAUCGAAUGAAGAUGUCGACGAUGAGAAAUCUCAGAAGUUUCAAGCGAUCGAUGACAGAUUGAAAACAAUUGAAAGCGCUAUCUUAUCUGAUGCACUUCAACUAAUUCGAGAAGGAGCCGAAGAAAGGAUCGGAUCUGAAGAAUAUGGACAAAAAAUAUUAGAUAAAUUAUACGCGGCCGAUGAUGUUCAAAAGUUAAGAGAGGCUUUGGAUCAUUUACAAGGUUCGAUGAAUAAGAUUAAGCAUUACGACGACGAAGAAGAAGAGGAAGAAGAUGAUAGUUUAGAAAGUAAUAACAGUUAUGAAUCCGACAGCAUUAAAAACUGGCCAAGUGUUACACCAAGAAAAAGAGAAGAGGAUCUCGCAAAAGCUUUAAGAGUGAUGGCUCCUUACCAAGCUAAAAGACAAUAUUCUUUGUCAAACGGUAUAGAUUCAUAUUUGCCAAGGAUAUCAAUGCGUAGUCUACCUUCAUUCACUCCAGACGAGAAUAAUUCAGGGCAGUUAGUUUCGGUCUUCUCUCCAGAGACUAUCUAUAAUGGCGAAGUGGAUGAGGAUGAAAUAAUGGAUGCUGCAGAGGAAUGCCCCGCUCUAGACCUUCUCUCGAGUGACUGUUCGAUUUUAGGUGAUAUCGUACCGGGCGGGCCAUUAAAACGCCUUGUUUUAGAAGCAUGUAACUGGCAUGAAGUAUGUUACACCUGUGGAGUUAGUUUUGGUAUGAGCGCCGACGAUUGUGAUAUUGGUUUCGUAGAAGAGAGUAAAACUAUUUGCCAAGACGACAUUCCAUGCCAAACUAAAGCUAAGAUGAUGAUGUUGCCACUUCGUCAGAGAAGAAUUUUCUUUAAAAGAAGCGUACCCGCUGUAUGCCAUCGUGAUCCUUGCGUUGAAAGAUUCCUGAAGCACGGUUGAAAAUUCCCCUUCUUCAGAACGUAGUCACAAAGCAUCUCUUUAAUAUGUUCUGUUUAAAUGUGGACAUUCUAUACUGUAUUUGUAGCAUUGUUGUGUUUUGUUGAGACCAUUCAUUUUAAUAGUCAUACCAGAAAGAAAAAAAAAAUUAAAUAAAUAACACAUGGCUGAUGUUGUAUAAGUGUAGUUUAGGCAAUACAGUAGAUCAAUUGAGGUUUAAAUAAAAUAAUCUUAAAAAAAUACAAAUAUAUAAGAAUAUGGAACUAAGGCUACCAUAUUCUUUAAAAAAGGGACAUAAGUGCAAUAUAAAAUAAAGAAAAAUAUAUAUAUAUUAAAGUAAUAAUGUGUUCAUUAAAAAAAAAUUGUAUAAAAGUGAAAAAUUGUAAGUAUGUAUAUGAGAUCAAUCUGUAUAUGUCUAAACGCACGUAAAAAAGUUAUUAUUAUUCUAUAACCACUAUUUAAAAAAAAAUGCCAUGAAUGAUGAAUGCCAUUGUGUGACGAACGUUUUGACAGAAAUAAAGAUCGGAAGUCUUAUAUUUCAUAGA